UUUUUGUGUGGAUUUAAGAUUUCUGGGAUUUUUAUUUCAGCUCAUGAAACAUGGGACCAACACUUACAGGUUGCGUUUAUAUAUUUGUUCAGUCUAGGUGUGGUUCUGCCUAGCCCUAGGUCAUGACUCUUAGUUCCGUUACACAUUGUACGAAGGCGUCUUCUGUAGGGGGGAGUUUUGAUAAGACCCCCGUCACUCGGUGUGAACAUUGACAAGCAUCGCAUUCAGUAAGGUUUUGGAAGCAUAUGGAGCUCAUCUUUCAUAUCAGCGAGAAAUAAUUUUCAGAAAACAAAAGGUUACAUUUAUACACACCUUGAUAGGCUGGGGAUUGGCUGGGGAGGUGUGCAUAAGUAGCAGUGCUCCCACACUGCAAUAUCUCAAUGUUACAGCACUUGUUUACCGAAAACAGACUGAAGACAAAAGGCGACCACCUGUGCUUAUUAGCAAUCUAGCAUGCUCCGAACACCUGUGUGUAAACAUAACUUGACAUGUAGUUUGGUAGAAUGGAAGCACCCAUAGCUGUAUGGAACUGUGCAAAACUUCUACAGUAAGUGUAUGUUCUUUAUCUGAAGGAUUGUUUCUCGCUGAUGAGAGAUAAGGGCCAUAUCACAAGCGAUGAUUUGACGUUUCCAAACGUUAAAACACAGCAUCGGGGUUGUAGUUCAAAUAAGGCAGACGGGGAAAGCUGAUGGCUGAGAACUGUAGGGAGUUUGAGAGCUAUGGUUCUGCUUAUGUCACACAUGCAUAAGUAGCAGUCUUUGCUGUUCUGUUAUCAGCCAUAGAACCAUAGGUAUGAAUAUCAAAUUGUUUUAGAGAAUAAGUUUCAACUAACCUGGCAUUGGCGACACUAUCCUCAUUCUCGAUUCGUCCAAACAUGCAUCUUCUAAAAUGUCCAGUUGCAGGUGGUGCGUUUAGAAUUUUGAAAAUUCUCCAUUGUUAAAAUGAAUAAAUGUUUUUAUCCAUGAAGUAAUCCAACAAUGUGUACGGCGCCAUCUUGUCUAUUUCAAAUCUUCUCUCACUGAUUGAGACAUGAGUGUCAUUGUGACAUGCAACACUUUGGGGUGGACCCAUCUAUCUCAAUCAAUACCAGGUUAGUUGAAAAACCUCUGGCAACGUUUUUUUAUAGGCAAACCUGUAACUCGCAGUAAUGGAUACCAAAAAUCUUUAAGACCAGAUGUGAUUUAACCAAUCUGUAGCUAGUUGGACAGAGGAGCAGGUAGUCGUGGACGUUCAAAAUCGUGCAAUACAUGUAGAAGUAAAACAACGUUUAGUCUCCAUCGUACGUAAUAAUUCUAAAACAUUUUCUGUGUUGCCAGGCAAUAGCAGACACUACCACUGUGAGAGAAGAGUAGGACGACGUUGGGAUGCUUGCGUGUCUGUGUGGUGCAGACCAGACAUACAGUGAAGAGGAGUGGCAGCAAUGUUGCCUGGUGUUGGUGUGUUUGGCACAGGGAGUACGGCACGGGUGCUAGUUCCAUUGCUGCGGGGGGAAGGGUUUGAGGUACGUGCGCUCUGGGGCAGGAGCGAGGAGGAGGCAAGAUCCCUGGCGCAGGAGCUGGGCAUUCCGUUUCACACCAGCCAAUCAGAUGAUGUCUUAUUGCACCCUGAUGUUGACCUGGUCUGCAUCUACAUCUCACCCCCACUCACACGGCAGAUUGCCGUCAAAGCCCUGGGGAUAGGUAAGAAUGUGGUAUGUGAGAAGGCUGCUACCGCUGUGGACGCAUUCAAGAUGGUGACUGCGGCGCGGUACUACCCCCAGUUGCUGAGCAUUGUGGGUAAUGCUCUGCGCUUCCUCCCAGCAUUUGUAGCAAUGCGGCAGCUGCUGGCAGAGGGAUACGUGGGUGAGCUGCAGGUGUGUGACGCCCGUGUCUAUGGCCCCAGUCUGCUCGAUCAAUCAUACGGCUGGACCUGCGAGGAGCUGAUGGGGGGUGGCGGGCUCCACACAGUUGGCUCUACCCUCGUGGACCUGCUGAGUCACCUGACGGGAGCACGGGCGAUACGGGUGCAUGGCCUUCUCCGGACGUUUGUGCGGCAGAAUGGAGCAAUCCGUGGGAUCCGCCGCGUCACCAGUGAUGACUUCUGUUUCUUCCAGAUGCUGAUGGGAGGGUCUGGUUCUGGACGAGGGACUGGGUCAGGAGUGUGCUGCACUGUGACUCUGAACUUCAACAUGCCGGGGGCCUUUGUCCACGAGGUGAUGGUUGUUGGGUCAGCAGGGAGGCUGGUUGCCAGGGGGACAGAGCUGUAUGGGCAGCGCAAUGGAGGGAACGGGGAGGAGCUGCUGCUAGGGGACAGCGGAGGGACAGGACAAGAGGUCAAGGAUGUCCCCCUGCCACACCUGCGGGGGCUAGGCUCCAUGGUUAAGGCUCUGAAAGAUGCUUUCCAGGCACAGGAAGAGCGUCGGUCGUGGGCGCGGGGACCAGUUGCCAUGGCGUCGACGUUUGAGGAUGGGCUGUACGUGCAGACGGUGGUGGAGGCGGUGAAACGGUCAAGCCACAGCGGAGAGUGGGAAAGUGUGGAGGUCAUGACACAGGAACCAGAUCCCAACCAAAACCUGUGAGGCGCUGCAGAGAAACAAGAACUGAGUACUCGUUUAUAUACACACACUAAUAUAAAUGACCUUCAGACAGCCUCUAUGGCCUGUCCUGAGGAGACUGUCCCCUAUCAACCACGACCCUGUGUCUGGCGACCUCUUCCGUGCAUCAAGGCCACACUCAAAGCCACAGCAUCCUGCCCUGCAAGAACCCACAGCCAGGCAGACUGGUGGGCACACCUUCUACUUGAUGUGAACUCUUCUUCUCAGCAGUUUUUGUGUGUGCAUGCCUGUGCGUUUUUUUAAAUUUUCCAGCCAAUCCGACCCUAGUUCACCCUAACCACACACAUUCCUGUCAAAUCAGUGAACACCUUGAAGGAGGAAGUGUUAAGUAUUCACACUACAGUUUCUCACUGUGCCUCACUACUUCUGCUGAUGUAAGAAAUGUUUGGAGUUGUUUACAUAUGUCACAGAUGAAAUGAAGGAUUAUCUCUUAUACAUGUGUAUUACACACAAACUGUUAAUUUUAAAGAGUAACUUACUAACUCAUGAAUUUCAUAAAAAAUCUAACUUUACAACUUCUCGUAGAGUUUACAAGAAGAUGCGUAUCAUCAGACUGCCAUCACAGCAGAGUUACUCAUAUGCAACCGCCCUUGACUUUCAGUUAUUAUUUGAUGUAUGUUUUUGUAUAUUUUAUUAUAUUGAUUGUUGAUCCCAUGUUCCAUAUCAGCAUCUCCUGCACUGCUAAAAUGCUACUACAACCUCUGUGCUGUGUACAAGCCUGUGAAUAGAAUGUCUGACUAUAUGGUGGAAAGACUACUGUAUUUAUUUCAUUUUUACUUUUGCGUUUUACUAAGAAAAGGCAGUUUUUUUUAUUUAAGUAGGUGUUAAGGAAGUGGAAAUGUGUCUAAUAAGCUAUAAGAAGUUUGUUAAUGGAUAUUUAUAUUUUGUGUUAAGUUAUCAUUUCAGUUUUCCUUGGUGUUAUCACUGUUACACACAAUACCUGUGAUUUUGUUUUCAGUGGAGGGGACAGAGGCUGUGAAAACACUGUGCCCUCUUGUUACUUCCCAAGUUAAUAAAUAUAUCAGUCUUA